AUGCACACAGUGGAAGUAAACGCCGUUCCUGAAUCUAAUGCAAUCGUCUGUCCAAUAACCGAAGACGGAACGGAACAAUUAGUUUGCCCGACCACGGAUGAAAGGGGUAGAUAUUAUUGCAUUGGAAAUGAUGUUCUGUGCGAUGGAGUUAGAAACUGUCCCGCAGGCGAAGAUGAAGAUAAGCAAGCCUGCAUGUUUCACAAAGCCUUGACUACGCAUUUGAAUGUACUAGCGAACGCUAUAUUACAAUUGUCGAGAGGAAACUAA